UUGGGGUGGAAAUGUCAUAUAAUGUGUUGUUAGUUGUGUUUAUAUGCAAAAUAUAUCGGCUAUAGGAGGCAAUAAGCAAUGUGAAAACAAUUGUAGUGCCAUACAAUAAAUUGAGUGUAGAAAAUGGCAGUACAAACAUCUAACGAGCCGUGGAAAGAGUGUUCAAAGUGGUUGGUGAGGUGCGAUGUCUUAAGACCUGAUCAUAAAACGAAUUGGUUAGACGCUUCUGUACACGAUUUAGCAUACACACUUAGGGAUGGUGUCCUUCUGUGUAAUUUGCUCAAUACACUGGAGCCAGGAUGCAUUGAUAUUAAAGAUGUUAACCGGAAGCCUCAGAUGGCACAGUUUUUGUGCCUUCGAAACAUUAAAACUUUCCUGCAGACUUGUCAGGACUGUUUUGGUUUGAAGGAAAGCGAUUUAUUUGAGCCGUCCCAGUUAUUCGACCUCACUGACUUUUACCAGGUGCUGAACACUUUGUCAAAACUAUCUAAUUGUCCUAAAGUCCAAAGGAAAAACAUUAUUGGAUUCUCAAUACAUCGAAACCGCAGUGUCUCCCAAGAAGAUAUUUACAAACAUUUACAAACUAAUGAUGAUGAACCAAUUCGAGGCUUCACUGAUGAAGUGGAAUAUGGAAGUUACUACUCGCACAUCCGUAGUGAAGAUAUCUACCACGAUCUUUGCUCCAUAAGCAGUCAGUCACAGACACAGAUACCUGCUACUGUCACACACAGUUUUGAGAAACGUGAUUAUAUAAUAAAUGAGUUAGUAGAAACAGAGAAGAACUAUGUUGAAGUUCUGGCCACUGUACAGCGUUGUUUUAUGAGACCACUGAGUGGUGUUCUCACAGGUCAUGAUUCAAAAAUAAUAUUUGGAAGCAUAAAGGAUUUAGCUGAGAUUCAUGCUGGAUUCCACAGCCAGUUACGCAAAGCAAUAACUCCUGGCACCAGUAAUCGUCUCAGUGAUGUGUUUUUAAACUGGAGAGAGAAAUUUCUUGUAUAUGGUGAAUACUGCGCUAACUUAACAAAAGCACAGAACCAUAUUCAAGAUCUGUGUCACCGCAAUCAUGCUAUUGAUCAGGAAGUAAUUAAAUGUGAGCAAGAAGCAAACAAAGGGAAGUUUAAACUACGAGAUAUACUGUCUGUGCCAAUGCAGCGUAUCUUGAAAUAUCCCUUACUUCUGGAGAAACUUAUAAGUGAAACACAAAUUAAUCAUGAAGAUUACAGAGGACUGGAAAGAGCAAAGGAAGCUAUGGUUGAUGUAGCUCAGUAUAUAAAUGAAGUUAAAAGGGACAGUGAUACCUUGAAUAUCGUCCAAGAUAUACAGGAUAGUAUAUCAGACUUGAACUUGCCAGAAAAUAAGUCAUUGAAAGAUUAUGGUCGCUUGUUGUAUGAUGGGGAAAUGCGAAUUAAGGCUCAUGAUGACCAGAAAGUGAAAUGCAGAUAUGUUUUCAUCUUUGAUAAAAUAAUACUGCUGUGCAAGCAAAUUAAGUCAACACGGGGUGACCUUUAUGCUUUUAGGGAGUACCUUUACUUAAGUGAGUACAAAGUUGAAAACACUAUUAACCGUGCUAUCCUACGGAAAGAUUCAAGGUGGAAUUACCAGUGGUUUCUUGUUAAAAAAGGUGAACAUACUGCCUUUACUAUGUACGCUCGCACAGAUGAUGCUAAAAGGAAGUGCAUAAAAGCAAUUGAGGAAGCAUUGGAUAAUAUUGAACCAAGCGUUUGCAAAAGCACAGACCAUAAAUUUCUAAUGCACUCAUUUGAUCGACCAUCAUCGUGCAAUCAUUGUAGUAAAUUUUUGAAAGGAAUGAUUUUUCAGGGUUACAGAUGCGAGAAAUGUCAAAUAGCAAUUCACAAAUCAUGCAUACCAUUCUCUGGUCGAUGUGGUGUGAGGAGCCAACCACCUGACUUUCCUCCGAGACCACCUGUCUCAAGGACUAUCCCGCCUCUUCCUAAUGGAGAAACUGUGUGUUGGAAUGACCACAGAAAGCUGGAGGAAUACCUCUGGUUUGUUGGUGAAAUGGGUCGAGAACGUGCAACUGCACUGUUGGCGCAAGAAGUGGAUGGAACAUAUUUGUUGCGUAUCAGGCCACAGCUGUCAUCAAGGACAAAUGACACUGUAUAUGCAUUGAGUCUGAAAACAGAUGAUAAAGUGAAACACAUGAAGGUAUAUGAGAAAAUUACAGAGAAUGGAAAACAGUAUUAUCUAUCAGAGUCAAGGUUUUUUAAGAGCAUUGUUGAACUAAUAACAUGCUAUGAGACUUCCAGCCUUGUGGAAAAUUUUUCAGGAUUAGAUGUAUGCUUAAUGUGGCCUUAUCGCCGGAUAAUUGCUGUAGCUGAAUAUGAUUACAAUCCAACUGAACAGAAUCAGCUGCCAUUGAAACGUGGCUGCCAGGUGAUAGUAUUAAGUAAGGAAGGAGAUUUUCGUGGAUGGUGGAAAGGAAAAGUCCAUGAUAAGGUUGGCUUCUUCCCAAAAAAUUAUGUUCGUGAACUCCCAAAUGCAUACAACCACAACUUUACAUGAGACAGCUGAUUUUCUCAAAGGAUUUUUUCCUUUAACCAGUUCUGAUGAAUGGUGGCAGUUUGUUCUCCAUUCCAUUAACUAGGAUUGCUGCAGAAUAUGGACGGUAGGCAGAAAUUAUAGAGGUAGAAGGUGGUUUGCACUAUCCACCUGUUUGCAGGCUACUGUGUAUUAUUUGGUAGUAUAUCAUCCAUCAGGAUGGAUUCUGUGACUCAUUUAAAAUACUGUGUCAAGUAUUUCAUGUAGAUGAACUUCUUCUCAGCAGUAAAAAGAUAAUUCAACAAACACACAUAUGUGUGUUGUAAUCAUUUGUGUAUUGUAAUCAUUUGUGUGUUGUAAUCAGUUUGUGUAAAAUAUAGAGCGUAGAGUAAAUGUGAGUAAAAACUAGAAACUACUGAAGAUUGUGAGUAAAAAUGUUGAAUAUAUAUAAAGAUUGAAUCUCUUAAACCAAGAAUUUUGAGGCAUUCAGUGCGUGUAUGGUCUAUUUAAUGUUUGCUUGUAUUACUUUGGUGCAUUUAAUGAUUUUACAAAAAACAAAAGCAUUUAAUGAUUUUGCAUCAGGUCAAUAUUUAAUGUCUGUGUGUGGAUGGCUUAUUAUAUGAGAGGAUAUGUUUGCUAUUUGUAGUAUUCCUUUACCUGAAUUGUGUGGAAGUGGGUAGCAACAUUAGGAACAAAAACUGUGUAGAUGUGUGUUGAUUGAUGUGUAGAUGGACAGUGUCCAUAAGUUCCACAGCUGCUGAAAAUUAAGCUGCUGAUUCUAUGACUGAUAACUAUCAAAUGAAAAAAUAAACAUGUUUUUGUGUAUGUUAAAAUUUCUAAUUAUCUUAAUGCAUGGUUGAUGUAUUUUAUCUAGUACCUUGGAUAGUUUGCUCGAUAUAUUACUGUUGUGUGCAAACACUCAUAUUAGUGAAUGAAGUGAACAGACAGAAGGGCAGGUGUAUGCCACACAGUUAUAAAGGGUGUGGACAUGAAUUUUCAUUUUGUAAAGGUGUGCUGUUGGUAAUUCUCAGUUGUUCCUUUGGUUCCCUGUGUUAGUGCUGACUUGUACAUAACUGCAAAUGGAAAAAAAAAACUCUGAAUCAAAUGAACCUCUCUUUGCUGUUUCCAUUUUGCCAGGUACUCUAAGCCUUUUAUAUCUGAUUAUGCUAUGAUAUAUUUCUAUAUCUUACAUGGAAUAAUCAGGCCAUUAUUUCAAUAUGAUUUUUUUUUAUAUUUCCGUUUUCUAUUAUAUCCUUCCCAAACAUGUAUCCACUCUUGUGGAUAUGUUUUCACCAUUUCAGAAAUGUAUACAUGUGACAUUAAAACUAAAAUGUUGGCUAUGUUCUGCUGUAUGUAACAUAAAGUAUACUAGAAAUGACUCUUAAGUUAAUACUGUAAAGGGAAAUGAUCUACAUUUUCCAAUGUAUUCCUUCUUUAUCACUCAAAUUUGAAGAUACCCACAAGAUAACAGUUAAAAAGAGCUCCAAACCACAUGAGAUCAAAUGUCUAUUGGGAAGCACUUCAUGCUGUCUUUGUGAAAUGCUAAGUUAAACAAAAGCGUACUUUUGUUGGUCAUUGAAAGUGAAAAUUACUGAAAAAAUUGUUGUUGGCACAUGUGUUAAGAGAUCUCUCACUCACCUGCUGAGAUAUGGGAGGUGUUUGCAAGCACACGCCAUAAGGAAGUUGUCCAUUCAUUUUGAUUAACUUGUGUCAGAAGUCAAGCCAAGCCACAUUUUUGUUCUGUACUGGAUUAUCUCUGAUGUUAAUAGAUGCAAGUGAUUACUGUGUUAUAUAGUUGCUGAAUGUGUUGCAAGUUGCCAACACCUAUAAUAAAAUGUACUGCAAAUGAGACACUCAUUGAAAACUUAUCAUCAGUGUGUGGAUACAUUAUUCGAAUAGAACUUCAUCUAAAAGUUGAAAGAGGAAAUUAUUGAAAGUCUCCUUUUUUCCCAGUUAUGUAAGUACUAUACUCAAAAACAUUUUACUGUAGACUAGAGCAUUAUUUGUUGACUAGGUUACUUCCACUAGCAGAUAACUUCAUACUCAAUCCCCACUCCUAAAAUUCACACAGUACUGAUUGAUGAAGCUCAGUACAACAUUCUAAAAUUAUUAUUUCAUCUCAGCUCCUGUGGUUUUAUCUUUUCGAAUACUGGCUAUUCAUCCAUUUGUAAUCCUAGUCUGUAAUGUGCACAUAUCAAGUCCCAUCCAUCAGAUUGUUUAUGCAGGAACAAUGAAACUGGCACCAGUAAUCAGAAAUGUGUUUUACAUGUUGUUAUUCAUAAAUAAAUUUUACCAGGAUUUUCUCUGUGCAUCUUAGUCUUGUAUAUGGUCAUUUUGUGAUUAAAUAUAGUAGUUUGAGCUUUACAAUAUUGUAAAGUUCUAGGGGGAAUACAAACUAUGAAAGGAGUAAAGGUAACCACUCAUUGCGUAAUUUAAGACAUUGAUUGGUAAACAGGCUCUUAAGCAAGCCCACCCUGGUGAUGUAUUGUGUCCCAUCUCUUCACCCCCUCCUUCCCUCCCCUUGUAGUUCUCACUUCACCUGGGCUACAGUACCAGGACUCUGUAGCCAUCUGGCACUGCAUGUGUGUUGUCUGUGUGUGUUUUAGAGAGAGAGAGGGAGGGAAACUUACUGAAUAUAAACACACACACACCUGCACACAUGCACCCACGCAUACACUUCUACGCUGUCUGAGCAUUGCAGCCCACUGUGGGUGAGAAAUUGUGGCCUUUCCCUUCACCAAUCCCCCCUCUUCCCUCUUUGUUCCUCUCACUCUGCCUGACAAAACCUUUCACCUCAGGUGGGCUACAGAAUCAGCAAUGUGUAACCAUCUUGCUCUGUGUGUGUGUGUGUGUGUG